AUGUCUGGAAAGUUGGACAAGUCUCUGGACGAGAUCCUCGUCAACCGCCGUCAGGGCGCUCGUCGCCGCAAUCGUCGCUCAACCCAGUCUAAGGCUGCCCCGGCCGCCGUUGGAGGAGUCAAGAAGAGCACGAGGGCUGCGAAGCCAGCCGGCAAGGUUGCCCAAGCUGGACACCCUAUGUCAACUGAAAGCAAAAUCAUGGUCAGCGGCUUGCCUUCCGAUGUGAAUGAGGCCAAUAUCAAGGAAUACUUCUCUAAAUCCGCAGGACCCGUCAAGCGAGUCAUGCUCACUUACAACCAAAAUGGCACUAGCCGCGGCAUCGCCUCCAUCGUCUUCAGCAAACCCGACACGGCUGCCAAAGCAGCCAAGGAUCUGAACGGACUCCUUGUUGAUGGACGUCCCAUGAAGAUUGAGGUUGUCGUUGAUGCCAACCAUGCCCCCGAAGUCCCCGCUGCCAAGCCCCUUGGUGAGCGUGUCGCACAAACCAAGUCUCAACCCAAGCCAGCCACUGCCAGCAAGGCUGCCGACAACACUCGUGGACGUGGCCGUCGUGGUGGCCGCCGCGGACCCAAGCCUAACCGUCCCAAGCCCAAGACCGUGGAGGAGCUUGACGCUGAGAUGAUGGACUAUUUCUCCAACGAGAACGGCGGUCCUGCCGAGGGCAACGCCCCUGCGACCGCGCCCGCUCCGCAAGCCGCCAACGGCGGCGAGGAUCUUGGAAUGGCUGAGAUUUCUGUAAGUUGCCCUGGCCUGGGGUAA